AUGAGGAAUUAUGAAGCAAUAAAGAGUUUUGAAGAGAAUGAAAAUGAUGAAGAUUUGGAGAUUGGAAAUCAAGAACAAGAACAAGAACAUGAACAUGAACAAGAACAGAUCUCUGAUUCAACAACAACAACAACCAAACUCAAGAACAAGAUUGUUGUUGAUGAACAACAACCUAAAUCUCACCGUUUGCUUUCUCUUGAUGUUUUUCGUGGCCUCACCGUUGCGCUUAUGAUUUUGGUGGAUGAUGCUGGAGGACUCAUUCCAGCACUCAAUCAUUCUCCAUGGAAUGGAUUAACAAUAGCAGAUUUUGUAAUGCCAUUUUUUCUAUUCAUUGUUGGUGUUUCACUAGCAUUCACAUACAAGAAACCGUCUUGCAAAGUUGAUGCAACUAGAAAGUCAAUUUUACGGGCGCUUAAGCUUCUCGCGUUAGGCAUUUUUCUCCAAGGAGGUUAUGUUCAUCGCGUAAAUGAUUUGUCAUUCGGAGUGGAUUUGAAGCAGAUACGAUGGAUGGGGAUAUUGCAAAGGAUCGCAGUAGCGUAUUUGAUUACAGCUCUCUGUGAAAUUUGGCUAAAGCGUGAAGAUAUCGUUAAUUGUGGAUCGACCCUUUUGAGAAAGUAUCGAUAUCAAUGGGCAUUGGCUUUGUUUCUAUCUGUCAUUUAUCUUUGCUUGCUGUAUGGGAUGUACGUUCCUGAUUGGGAGUAUGAAGUUCCAACAGAACCUUCUAAAGCACCUUUGAUAUUUUCUGUUAAAUGUGGAGUGAGGGGUGACACUGGACCAGCUUGCAAUGUUGUUGGAAUGAUCGAUCGUAGCUUAUUGGGUAUACAACAUCUCUACCGGAGACCAAUAUAUGCGCGGAUGCCUGAAUGCAGUAUCAAUUCUCCUGACUAUGGACCAUUGCCUCCUGAUGCUCCUUCUUGGUGUCAAGCCCCUUUUGAUCCUGAAGGACUCUUAAGUUCAGUGAUGGCAAUUGUUACCUGCUUGAUUGGCUUGCAUUAUGGUCACAUUAUUCUCCAUUUUAAGGACCAUAGAAUUAGAAUCAUAUACUGGAUGAUUCCAACCUCUUGUCUUGUAGCUUCUGGUCUUAUCUUGGAUUUAUUUGGAAUGCAUGUAAAUAAAGUUCUCUACUCAUUGAGUUAUACUUGUCUCACUGCUGGUGCUGCUGGCAUCCUCUUUGUUGGAAUUUACUUGAUGGUUGAUGUAUGUGGAUAUAGUCGCAUGACAUUGAUUUUGGAAUGGAUGGGCAUGCAUGCAUUGAUGAUAUAUGUCCUAGCAGCUUGCAACAUUUUCCCAAUUUUCAUCCAAGGAUUUUAUUGGGGAAGUCCUCAUAACAACAUUCUAAAGUUAAUUGGAGUUGCAACAUGA